AAUUGACAUUUUAGUUUAUUGUGUUUGAUACUCUAGUGUAAAGGUUCGAUUUAUAAAAAAAGAGGUUAAACAAUGCUUCUAAGUCAGUAGCGGAUCUAAGAUUUUGGAAGGGGAAUGGAACGAUUGUAAGCAGAAUUCACUUUCAGUCCUGAUCAUAAACUCGUUUUUCACUUGGAAAAAUCGAAAAGGAUUUCUUCGAGGUCGAAGAUCGUCCAUUUACCACCUCCUGCCCUCAGUGGUUCCGAGGAAAACUAAAGGAUUGUAAACGAUUUUUUUUUCAGGUAACAACAAAUGAAAAUGAUGUAUCUACUUCUCGUACGAAAUCAUCAACAUCAAUUCGUCAUCAAUGUUCUGAAUGUUCAAAAACAUUUUUAAAUCGAACAAGUCUUGUUCGUCAUCGUCAUCGUCAACAUGAACAACAACAUCAAAUAAAAUCUAAUAAAUCAACAUUACGUCCAGGUUCAACAACACAAAAUCCACUUGGACGUGGUCGUCAUGCAACAGAUACAUCAUCACUUAGUUGUUGUUCAAUAAAAUUUGUUCUUUCAAAUGAAUUUUUACAUGAACAAUUUCAACAUUUUUAUAUACAAAAAUCAUUAUAUACAAUUGAUAAAUUAAUUGAACGUUUUCCAUUAUAUUCAGCUGUUUAUGAACAAGAACAACAAAUUGAAUUCAAUGAAAAUAAUUUAUUAUAUAAUACAAUACUUAAUUCUCAUGAAUAUGGUUUAAAUUUUUAUCAAUUAUAUAAUAAAAUUAAAUCAUCAAUAACAUUUAGUGAAUGUAUUAAACAAUUAAAUGAUUAUUUAAUACGUGGAAUUAUAAUUGCUGCUGGAAGUCGAACACGUAUAUAUGUACAUCGAAAACAUGCACGUUCAUGGCUUAUUUAUUCAAUACGUUUUCGACAACAUGAUAAUAAUAAUAAUCUUGAAACAUUAUUAACAAGUGCUUUUGUUGAUUCAACACCACCAAUGACAACAAUGGAUAUUGAAACAACACAAGAUAAUAGACAAAUAAAAUGUUUAAAUUUAUCGAUUAGUGAAAAUAUUAUUAAUAAUAAUAGUCAAUUGAUUUCAGAUCAAUUUGAACUUAUUGUUUUUUUUCCUCGUCCUUGGAAAUCUACUGAUGGUUCAAUAAAUUUUGCUGUUUUACAAC